GUAAAGCAACAAAGUGCCAUUGAAAUUUUAUUUUCAAGCUGAAAUUAUUACAUUUCUAACGAAUUUUUGCAAAAAGUGUUUUUUGGCAAGUGAUUUAAUUAAGAUUAAGAUUCAACGAGCUAAAAGAUUUAGUUGCCUUUUGCAAGGAGCAGCAGGACAUACAUAUACCUAAGAUAAACAGGAUACAUAGGAAAUCGAUAGCAUCAUCAUGCCACGAGGAAAGUUCGUGAACUACAAGGGUCGCACUCGCCAAUUCACUUCGCCCGAGGAACUGCAGCAGGACUCGGAGGACGACAGCGACCAGGUCAGCGGCUCUGGGUCGGAUGGCGAAGAUCAAGAGGCAGCCGUCGUCGGUGGAGCCAGUUCAUCAUCCUCCAUUGCGAAGAAUCGCCACUUGCAAAAAGCUACUCGCAAUCAGAAGAUCACUUCAGCUGCGGACGCUGAAGGGGCCAGUUCUUCCGAGGAACGCGAAGCGGAAUCUCGUGAUGCCAAAAAGGGCGUGGCCUCACUCAUCGAAAUCGAGAAUCCCAACCGGGUGGCCAAGAAGGGUCCACAAAAGGUGCCCACCAUUGUGCUCGAUCAAUCCAAGCCGGGGCUAUCACGCCGCGGUCGAGAUUCGGCCAAGGAUCAGAGUGCGCGACAGCGUUACGAGAAACUCCAUACCGCUGGUAAAACCACCGAGGCUAGGGCCGACUUGGCCAGACUGGCUCUGAUCCGGCAGCAACGCGAGGAAACCGCCGCCAGGCGGGCGGCGGAGAAGAAGGCAGCCGAUAUGGUCACCAAGAAGCCGUUUGCCAAGUAGAGAAUCCAUUCCUUUAAACCUUUUCUUCCCCAAACGGCAAUAAGCCAUAAUAAGACAUUUUGAAACAUUUAAAACUACCGCAAAAAUCAUUUUAAGCAAGGGGCAGCAAUUAUUUUAGAAUAAAUAACCGCUAACAAGCAGUCAAAA